UUUAUCACUGUGUAGGUCCUCGUAACGAUCGCAAAACGACAUAGGCAAACUAUAGCACGCCAAUGCUAGCAUAUCACACUUCCAUGCCCAUGUUCGAACGUUUGCCUUUCUUUAUUAAUAGUUGCUCUACAUUCAGUUGCGGCGGUUCUGUGCGUGUAUGCCACACGUACACCUGAAAUGAAUGUUUGAAAUCAUUAAAGAAACCAUUUGAGACAGGAAAUAAAGAUCAAUAGAAUCUUUAACAUGAAUUGCUUCCCAGUUGAUAAAAUUUGUCAUAAAACUAUUCAAACAGCAUCGAACACCUAAUAAUUAAAACAGACAGUAAGUAUUUCGAAAAUUAGUAAAAUCAAUCUAGAGCUGAAUUAUUGAAAUCAGUCAAAAGAAUAUUUCUAUUCUCGUUUUGACUAUACAUUAUCUAAAAUUAAUAUUUACUAUGAAUCAAUUUUCAGAAGCAAAUAUUUGAAUUCCACGCAACUGUGUGGUAAAUGAUGCAUAUGACGCCAUCUGUGGCGAAACAUCCAAGUUUUUAACCAAUUAGUACUCCAGUUACACCAUGACGUGGCGCCAUAUGCUACUUUUAGUAAAUAUUUACACAUUAACCAAAAAUUCCACAUAAAUAAUGUCAGAUAAAGGACAUUACAAUCAAUUUCAGAAAAAUCUAUCCGUUUUAAUUCGUUUCAAAAUUUUCAUUUUAAUAUUUUUUUUAUACACAUUAGUCUUUUAUUAUUAAAAAUUACUUCUUAGCGUAAUAAAUUGUUUUUAAAUACAUUUCGAAGCUAUCUAGUAAAUAAAAAUCAGCGAAAUGCUGUUUUUACUGUAUUAAUAGGUAUCCGAUGGUAUUAUAUGACGUUAAGUCAGCUAACCAUAAUAAUAGGCGUUAACGUUCUAUGACGCGAUAUGGCGUCAUAUGUAUCGCAACUUCUUAAUUGCAAACAUAAUUGGUUUUAUUUCAAGGUUUUAAAUAUUUUACUCUACUAUACUAUUAAAAUUUUGUAAUUGAAUUUAUGGAUUAUAUAAUGCCAUUUAUGUUUUUCUAAGAAUUUUCGAUUCCAACUUUUAUUUUUAAUACUCACAGCAGGCAAAAAUUAUCCUGCACACUUCUGUUUGAUAGUGUAUAGGCUGCACAGAUCUUAAUGAAAAUGGCUAACGAAGAAGAAUCCUUUUUGUGGGAGAAUUAUGAGGAUUGUUUGUCAGAUGUUCCAAGUAAUUAUGAAAACUGUGAUUCUUUAAGUGAUAGUGAUUUCAAUUCCUUUAGUGAUAGUGAUUUGGAUGAUUCACCAUUGAACAAUAAAAAACGAUCUCAUCUAAUGCAAGCACAAUCUAGUGACUCCGAUGAAAAGGACGAUGAUCCAUUAGAUUGGUCUGACGAUGAUUCACCUAGAAACAAUGAACCUUUCGAAGGUUUACCUGGCAUUAAAGCUUUGCCCACGUGUUUGGAAAGCGUAGAACAAGUCACUAAAUUAUACUUCACAGAUGACCUAUUUGAAACAAUUGUUAUAGAAACUAAUAAAUAUUAUGCGAGAAAUUCACACAAAUACACAGCAACAAAAAGUACUGGGAGGUGGAAUGAUCUGACGGUACCAGAAUUAAAGAAAUGGUUUGGUUUAAUUAUCAUAAUGGGUUUAGUAAGGAAAAGUAAACUAAUCGAUUACUGGUCCACAAACCCGAUCAUAGAGACCCCAAUUUUUUCUAAAGUCAUGAGUCGUAAUAGAUUUCGCCAAAUACUGUCCUGUUUGCAUUUCUCUGAUAACGAUAACAUGCCUAGAAAUGUAGACCGUUUAUUUAAAGUACAGUCAAUUAUAGAUCAUUUUAAAGAAAAAUUUAACGAAGUCUACAAACCCAUGCAGAAAUUGUUGUUAGAGGAGGACAUUAUACCUUGGAGAGGACGGCAGAAUUUUCAAGUGUACAAUCCAUUUAAAAUAACUAAAUAUGGUAUUCUUAUUAGGAUGUUAUGCGAAUCUAGUACAGGCUAUGUAUGUAAUUUUGAUAUUUACUCUGGUACCAAAAAUAGCUUAGAGAGUACGAUAUGGGGACUAGUGUCUAAUAUUUCUAACAUGUGGUAUCACAUAUACAUGGACAAUUAUUAUAACAGUGUCGAGAUCGCAAAACAAUUACUUUUAAAGAAAAUUAAAGUAUGUGGAACCAUAAGAGCGAAUAAAGGUUUACCGUUGUGUCUAAGAAAAAGUAAGUUGAGUGUGUUCGAAACCCGAUUCAAACGGCAAGGAGAGGUACUCAUUCAAUUGUGGAAAAACGAUAAAAAAAGAGAUAUUCGUAUGAUUUCAACUAUACAUAACUCCGACGUAAUAAAUACUGGAAUCAUAAAUCGUAAAACUGGCUUGCACAUUCAAAAACCAAAAUGCAUAAUAGAUUACGAUCAGCACAUGAAAGGGGUGGAUCGAGCGGAUCGGUAUAUAGCGUGUUACCCAAUUUUCAGAAAAAGCCAGAAAUGGACUAAAAGGGUUGCGUUGUACUUAUUCAAUUGUGGCUUGUUCAAUGCUUUCAAGGUUUACCAAAGUAUUAACCGUAACAGUAAGCUCAAGUUCAAAGGAUUUCUAGAAAGCAUUGCAACGGCUUGGAUCGAAGACAAAACGGUGUUGAGAUUGGACUCUAACCUCGAUAUCAUCCCCUCUACGUCGGGAACGUCAUCCCCAACACGUGCCCCCCGUUUCGACUCGUUGCAAAGAUUUUCAGGUGAUCUGAGGCAACACCAGCUGGUUAAAAUACCGGGAAAUUCGAAACGGAUACGACGGAGGUGUAAAGUAUGUUAUUCAAACAAAGUUCGAAAGGAGACGUCGUACAUGUGCAAACAUUGUAAAGUGCCAUUGCAUAUAGGAGAAUGUUUCAAUUCCUAUCACUUAAAAGAACACUAAAGCCUCAUUUUGUUGGCAAGCACAUUUUUUGUAAAAUAUUGUACUCAAACGAUUUUGAAUAUAUAAGAAACAUUUUAUACAUGUUAAAUAGAAA